AUGAAGCUCCUCACCCUCAACUUCCUCACCUGCGCCGUCAAAGCCUGCAAAGCAAGCUCGGCCUCCUUCCCGCUGCACCCCAAGGACUGCGAGCUCGUCUCGGACGACAGCAUAGCGCCGAACCCGCGACUGCUGAGCAACAUCCUGCCGCGACUGGACUGGGCUGCGCUGGGCGUGAUUGCGUCGGAGCUCGGCUUCCCCUCCCUCCCAGCCACGCCGCCCACGCCCGCCGAGCUGGACGCCGACGCGAAGAUGGCGGCAGAACUGCACACGCUGCUGCUGGAGACGCAGAUUAGCGAGGGGGGAUUGGUGUGUGCGAAUUGUGGGCACGAGUAUAAGAUUAAAGAAGGGAUUGCGAAUUUCCUGCUACCGAGUCAUUUGGUUUGA